UCGUUUGAAAAACGAACUCGAUCAAAUCAAGAAGGAGUACGAAGAAAAGGCUGCGAGACAGAAAGAGGAAUCCGACACGGCCAUACAAGAUUUCAAAUUGAAAGCCGAGAAAAAAAUUGCCAAGAUCAAAGCUGCUGCCGAAAAGGACGUUACAUCCGCGAAAGCUGAACUUCUUCUGGAGGUGGAUCAGCUACGACGCACUAUUUCUGAACGUGAUCGCCGAAUUGAUGAGCUCGUAGUAGAAAAGGCUCGAACGGAGCAGCAGCUGAUUGGACAGCGGGAAAUGGAGGAAGAAUUGGAACAACGCCGAUCAAAGGAGAAAAGAAAUGAAUUGGGAUUUAAGCGUAGUGGGCGGCUGUUGAACGACUCCGUCAAGAGUAUUGAAAGACGCAUUGUGGAGUUGGAAACGGAAAAUCGAUUGCUGGAUGAGAAGAACAAAGAACUUACCGAAUCUAAAGAGAGAAGCGAAGCUCGUGCUGAGGAAAGCGACAAAAAUUCCAAGGAACUCGAGAAAAAGAUCAAGGCCCUAGAAGAGGCAAACGAGGAAGGCUUCCGUAAAGCAGCUGCCAAGCACGAUAGCGAUAGUAAGAAAGCCGUACGGGAGCUACAAAGAGAGGUCAAACAGCUUUAUGUGGAAUUGAAUGAGAAGACUGACGCGCUUGAUAUGGCGCGGACUCGAAUCUCAGAAUUGGAGUCGAGCUCUUCGAAAUCCGUCGAAGAGGCUGUGAUUCAAAAACAAACUCAUACAGACGUGGACGCUUCUCCAAAUUAUGGGGUAUGUACUGAGAGAUUUACCGAUCUAACCAUAUGA